AUGCGAAAAGAUGUCGACGACAGCGAAAAGACGGUUAAGAGCGAGUCGGUUGAAAUAGACGUCGCUGUUGCCAAUACCUAUACCAUGGACAUCUCUCCCUGUCCAGAGCUGAGAGCCAUCAGACGCUUUCGCCAACGUUGCAAGCACGUGAUCGUUAAUUACGCACGCGCCAAUCUCAACACCAAGGUAAACUCUAACGUCGCUUCCAAGUCGGAAGCAAAAAAACAGCCGAUAAACUUGCUUAAUUGCAAUUUGAUCACCACCAAUCUCACGGCAUAUGGUGAUGUGGCAACCUUGCCAUACAUUGACCAUAUAACUACGAGACAGAUGCUCGUUGACAUUAACACGGGUAAUACAAGUGCAUUAACAAACUACUUACAAGUCUAA